UUGGACGUGGUUUUUGGGUCUCGUUGGUGACAAUGGGAUCCUAUGAUCAGCUCAACAUGACGGCUUUAGAACGCCUUGACUUAUGGGACAAGACGAGGCUCGAAGCUCUGAUGCCCAUCAAUAUAUUGCUGUUUUUGUGCGCAGCGGUUGGUGUUUUUGGAAACGGAGUAGUCAUAUAUAUUUACGGACUUCGAUUAUAUAAGCAGCAUGCUGGGCGUUAUUUUAUUCCUUACCUAGCAGUCGCCGAUUUACUUGCUGUAGUUCUUUCAGUAGAACACCAUACUGUCAGCAACUUCUAUCCUGUUACCAAUAAACUAGAGAGAUUAUGUAAAUGGAAUUAUAUGGCCGCAUUUUUUGCAACAGUAUUCUCAGUGGGCAUUCUCCUUAUUAUCGCUGUUCAGCGGUACCUGAAAGUUUGCAAACCUUUUGGAGGGCAGAUGACUUUGUUCUGGAGGCGAUUUGCAUUGAGUCUUUGUUUUAUGUUCUCUUUGGCUCUUGCUGUUACAGCAUAUUUCACUUUUGGAUUAGAGAAAAUUUACAACAAAGAACUUAACGUUACCGGGACUACAUGCCGUAGACUGACCUCCAGUUCACAAACAUUUACUCUCAUUCAUAGCGCCACGUGUACGCUUUUUGUUGUCACAGAAGGAGCUGCACUUAUUGUUUUGUAUUGGAAAAUAGGAAAGGUUGUUUUUCGACAAAGGAAACAAAAUUUAGGAGAAUCAAAGGAAAAGAAGACAAACACAUCUUUGAUGUUCAUGAUAAUAACAAUAAUAUUCCUUGUAUCAUUCUUACCAAGGAUGAUAACUUCUAUAAUAGAGGGAAUCAAGGUCGGUCUAUGGGAGACACUGAAUGAAAAGGCGUACGCGACCGUUAGAAUGCUGGAAGUAUUGUACAUUGUGAACAAUUUAGCGAAUCCAUUUGUUUAUGCUUUUAUGGAUGUCAAAUUUGUGAGUGAAUUUAAAAAAACGAUCCCAUGUCGAAAAAAAAUUGAAGAAGUUAAGUCUUUAAGUAACUCCUAAAUCAUGUUAUA